UCCCACUCCUUCCAAAAAGUUAGAGAGAAAACUUCUCCCUUCUCCCUCCAUCUCUCUCUCUCUCUCUCUCUCUCUCUCUCUCUCUCUCCCGCGCACAGACACAGUACUCACAAUUGACAUGGUGCUGAAUACUUUAUAAAUAGAUAGGUGCGGUGAUAUACUUGUCGGCAACCAGAGUGAUAAGCUACCCGGCUUUUCCUUUUCCUUCUCUAAAUUAAUUAGAAUGGUUAUAGGUAACAAAGUAAGUAACUUUUCGAGCUACUCGCGCACUAAAUUUUAUUUUUUAAUCCAGAAAUUGCGUUUGGGUGUCGCAGUCCGUUACAUGGUCUUCCAGCUGAAUCCAUUCUGGGUUCAGCUUGUUUAUUUCAUGGCCAUCUCCUUGAUAGGCUACUUUGUUCUCAAGCUCUCAAAUCCCAGAUCUUCAUCUCCCAGCUGGCCGCCGUCUGAUCUAGAUGUCUUCUUCACCUCCGUCUCUGCUACAACCGUUUCGAGCAUGUCCACCGUGGAAAUGGAAGUUUUCUCCAACUUCCAACUCGUUAUCAUCACUGUUUUGAUGUUUUUGGGCGGGGAAGUCUUCGUGUCCGUUCUUCAAAUUUUAUUUAAACUUGCUUACACCUCCGGCAACUUCCCGCCGGCUGCCGAAAAAAACACUGAUCAGUAUGACAACUACUGCGUUGAGGUGGAUCUGGUCUCUUGUUCUCACCCCAUUCAAAACCAGUUCGAUCAUCAAGCUGCAGAAAACGAUGGUUUAAAGUAUAAUUCUACAAAGUUUCUAGCUUAUAUCGUACUGGGUUAUCUUCUAGCUGUUCAUAUACUCGGUUUCAACUCAGUGUUCAUGUACAUGAGUCUUGUCCCGAGUGCGAGACGCGUGCUCAAAACCAAAAACAUUUCAUUACUCACAUUCUCCGUUUUCGUCAUCGUCUCCACCUUCGCCAACUGCGGAUUCGUUCCAACCAACGAUAACAUGAUUGUUUUCAGGAGCAACUCGGGCCUGCUAUGGCUUCUGAUGCCACAGGUUCUUCUCGGGAACACGCUGUAUCCGGUUAGUCUGCGCGUUGUGAUCUGGGUUUUGGAGAAGAUGAUGAAACGAGUUGAGCUAAGUUAUAUUUUGAGGGAGAUGGAUUACGAAUAUUUGUUAUCUGGGUGGCGGUGUUGUCUUCUAGGGUUGACGAUUGGUGGGUUCGUGUUGGUGCAGCUGAUGGUUUUCUUAGCCAUGGAGUGGAAUUCGCUGGGGCUGGAGGGACUGAGUCCGUAUCAGAAAGUUGUGGCGUCGUUGUUUCAGGUAAUGAACUCGAGACAUGCUGGUGAGUCCAUUGUUGACCUCUCCACCAUUGCUCCAGCUAUCUUGGUGAUCUUCAUUGUCAUGAUGUAUCUUCCACCAUCUACUACAUAUUUGCCAACAUGUGAUUAUAAGAAGAAGAAAAAAGAAGCAACAAACAGUCAAAAUGGAAAGGGGAGAAGUAUAUUAAAGAGUUUGAUGCUUUCAGAACUCUCUUACUUGACCAUUUUCAUCAUCCUUGUCUGCAUUACAGAGAGGGAAAGCAUGAAGGAAGACCCAAUUAAUUUCAGUGUUCUUAAUAUCACUUUAGAAAUCAUAAGCGCAUAUGGAAAUGUUGGAUUCUCAACGGGAUAUAGCUGUGGAAGGCAACUGAAACACGACGAGACAUGCAAAGAUAGAUGGUACGGACUCGUGGGAAGGUGGAGUGAUGGUGGAAAAUUCGUCCUUAUCCUUGUUAUGUUCUUUGGAAGACUUAAGAAAUUCCAUUUCAAUGGCGGUCAAGCCUGGAAAUUAUCUUGAUAUAUGAAAAAUUAAUAAAUUAGUUUUUAGUUAGUUAGGUAGUUAGUUAGUAUUUUGUCUCAACUAAAGUAACAAAUAUAAAAAAUAAUUU